AUGAGUCAAGACAACUCUAACUGGCAGGGAGAGGCCAACCCUCACUUCAAUCCCGUUGCUCCUCCUCUUGGGGCAAACGACAUGUAUGCCUCGUACGGAGGUGUUCCUGACAACUCGUCAAUUAGUCAGGCAAGCGGCAUGGCAUUCAACAAUGCCAACGCCACGUCUACUAUGACAACCCCAGGAGGAAUGGCUUCGGGAAUGUCGUCGGCGAGCCCUAUGUCGCCAAUGCCCCUAAUGACCUCCAUGGCUCAUCUGCCUCCUACGCCUCAGCAGUCCAUGUCACCUAUGUCACCUAUAUCCCCGACUCUACUUGGGUCCAUGGCCGCCGCUUCUAUGGGCCAGGGCUACCAAGGCUGGGCAGGCAACAUGAACAUGGCCUUAGCCUAUGGUUCUCGUCCGACCAACCAGAAUACCCCUGGUAUGCCGAUGGGCUUGCAAGGCCAAGGGAUGCUUCACCAAUAUCAAAUUGGUCGGGCCCCAAUGUCUGCCCUACCACCUGCUCCAAGGUCGGUUCCAAUGUCCGCUACCAACCGUCCCCUCAACUCGAGACCGCCUAUGCCACAGCGCCGACUAGGCAUGGUCAACUCUUCCUCUGGAAGCGGCGCGGACUCUGGUAUGUCCGGUCCGGAGCGGGACUCUGCUCAUAGGGUCACGAAGAGACAGGGGAAGACAAGACAAACAAAGGCCGACAAAGACGGAGACUUGUCAAUGUCGGACUCGUCGAACCUGCAAUGGAGACCGGGGAUGAGACUGACCAAGAUCCUCGACUCCUGGUCUGAGGAGAGAAAGGAGGAGACUCGCAUCAGAAACGAGUUGAUCUCCAGGUGCAAGGCUGAUCAUACGAGAAGCCAGAACAGGGUCUCGGCUCGUAAGAGUCGUCAGAAGAAGGAGGACGCACUGCAGGAUGCUAGAGGUAAUGUGCAGAAGCUCCAAGAGCAGAACACGGCACUGUCUCAGCAAGUACAGGAACUCACUGCAAGAGUCAACAUCUACCAGAUGGAUAUUGAGAACCGUGGCCAGACCAUUGCCAUGCUGGCCAGCGAAAAUGCGGCUCUCCAGUCGCGAAUCAACCAACUGGAGAUGCAGGCCUUGCAGGGCGGACAAGGAGCACAGGAAUACCAGGCAGAGCAGAUGCCUGCGCAAGAGCUCAGUCCGGUUCUACCUCCCUACUCGAGCCAAGUACAGAGCCAACUUCAAGGCUCUAUGUUCCUGCAGCAUCCUAUGCAGAGCCCUAAUCCGACCAUGACUCAAGUCCAGGGUCAGGCUGCCCCAGGUCUGGCUCAGAGCCACGCCCAGGCCUCUUCGUCCGCCCAGGAAGGCCUUGAGGUUCAAGAAGCCCCUCAAGGCGAAGAGCUAGCCGGAGGUCAAGAGGAAGAGGGAACAUAUACAAAGGCUCUAAACUCUGACCUGUCUCCUAUGAGCACGGCUCAAUGCCCAGCCAAGCCAGGAGACAAGGUAGAUGGUGAGAUGGACAAUGGCGGCGACAUACCCUUCUAUGACUACCAGGGUUUCUUUAAUGACGGUGACCAGGCAUAG